GCGAACACUGUAAUGUUUCUGACAGCUGAAGUAAACAGCAGUAGUGCGAAGCCCUGAAGUGGGUGAAGUUUAACAAUGAAGUGAAGGAUUUAUAAAAGUUUACAAGAAGUUAGCAGUUACUUUCAAUGUAGACAUUUACUGUGUAACGUCUUUGCAUUGAAAUGGAUGGAUAUGGCGCAUCCUGUGCAUUUCCAGUUAUGUCCACUGGAAUUGACAUUCGUGCCCGUGUGCAGCAGUUUAUGGAGGAGAGGAUGCAGACUACAAUGCUGACAGGCAUGCUGAUCGGGGCCGUGGUGGCAGUGUUCCUUAUAGGCGUCUCUGUGCUCUUCCUCUACCGCAGAUACAAGUUAGCGGGUCAGCAGACAGGUACACCUCGCUACCGCUUCAGGAAAAGAGACAAGGUUCUUUUCUACGGGAGAAAGAUCAUGAGAAAGGUCCAGACUCUGUCCUCUACACCCUUGUCUAAUUCCGUGUCUAAACAUCGCCCUCGGAAAAGACCUAAAGUCUUGAGUAUAGCUCGAAGGAUAUUGAGGAUAAAGAAAGAGCCCCCAACCCUGCAGCCCAAGGAGCCUCCUCCCUCUCUGCUGGAGGCAGAUCUUACAGAGUUUGAUGUGCAGAACUCCAACUUGCCGUCCGAGGUGCUUUACAUGCUUAAGAAUGUCAGAGUGCUGGGUCACUUUGAGAAACCACUGUUUCUCGAGCUCUGUCGACACAUGGUGUUUAUUGAGCUGCAGGAGGGCGAGGGACUGUUCAAGCCAGGAGACAACGAUGACAGCAUCUAUGUGGUGCAGGAUGGAAGACUAGAGCUAUAUAUCCAUGAAAACGAUGGCACGGAGCCUGUGGUGAAGGACGUGCUGCCCGGAGACAGUGUUCACAGCCUGCUCAGCAUUCUAGACAUCAUCACAGGUUAUCCCGCUCCGUAUAAGACGGUGUCUGCUCGAGCAGCAGCGCGCUCCACCAUCCUGCGCUUGCCUGCCUCUGCCUUCGAGGCUGUGUUCGCGAAAUAUCCGGAAACACUAGUGAGAGUUAUCCAGAUAAUCAUGGUUCGGCUACAGAGAGUGACCUUCCUUGCCUUGCAUAAUUACCUGGGACUAACCACUGAACUCUUUAAUCCAGAGAGGCAGGCCGUACCUCUGACUGCAGUCAACAGUGUGAUCACUGAGGGAAGCCCGGGCCGAGUCCCACGCAGACCCCAUCUUCACACAUCGUUAGACGAAGAUUACGGCCAAGGACCUGCAGAUUCGACAGACUCAGAUGGAGGGACAAAAACUGCUUCUUCGGAGAAUUUGUCUACAGUUAUCAGGAAACCUCGAUCGGUCUCGGCACCGGUGGACAGCACAGCAGGGGUAGCUGGUAACGACCUGAACAUGGCAUAUGAGCGAGCAAGAGUGACCAUGCAUGAUCCACUUCCCAGCCCUGUUCACUAUAAGUCUAUUCUGAAGAAGACUGUGACCAUGCAUCAAGCUCCAUCUGCAGUAUAUCAUUACACAGACAGCCGGGGGAGCUCUGAUUUCCCCCCCAAUAAAGUGGGUGCAAUCUUCCAAGCAGCCAAGAAAGACUUGUUGGGGAUUAUCCAACUGCAGGACCCCAGUCUACUGGAGGGCAGAGUGACUCUGCAUCAGGUGAAAGCCGGCUCCGUAGUGGCACGUCAGGGAGAUCAGGAAGUGAGUGUGCAGUUUGUGAUUUCAGGUUUACUGCAUGUGUACCAGCGGAUGAUCGAUCGCGAGGAGGAGUCAUGUCUGUUUGUGACUCACCCCGGUGAGCUGGUGGGUCAGCUCGCCGUGCUCACAGGGGAGCCACUCAUCUUCAGUGUGCGCACUCAACGUGACUGUACCUUCCUCUCCAUUUCCAAAACCCACUUUUACGAAAUCAUGCGUGCAGAACCUAAGGUUGUGCUAAAUGUAGCCCACACCGUAGUGCGCAGGAUGUCCCCAUUCGUCAGACAGAUUGACUUUGCGCUCGACUGGAUGGCUGUGGAAGCUGGCCGAGCGGUCUACAGGCAAGGUGAUAAGUCUGACAGUACCUUUAUAGUGCUGAGUGGACGCUUACGUUCGGUCAUUUUGAAGGAGGAUGGGAAGAAGGAACUGAGUGGGGAGUAUGGCAGAGGAGAUCUAAUCGGAGUGGUGGAGGCACUGACCCAUCAGAACAGAGCCACUACAGUGCAUGCUGUAAGAGACUCGGAGCUAGCCAAACUGCCGGAGGGAGCACUCAGCUCCAUCAAGAGGAAGUUCCCUCAGGUAGUCACACGACUCAUUCAUCUGCUCGGGCAGAAGAUCCUUCAGCAGGUUAACGGGCCUUUAUCAGCCCGUAAUCUGUCUCUACACACCCCGAGCAGUAAGUGGGAUGCUGGCAACCCUGCCUCGAACCUGUCCACCGUGGCUGUGUUGCCCGUAUCUGAGGACGUUCCUCUGACCGCGUUCACCCUGGAGCUGCAGCAUUCUCUCAUCGCUAUCGGUCCCACUCUCCUCCUGAACAGUGACAUCAUUAAACAGAGACUGGGUUCUGCAGCUUUGGACAGUGUGCACGAGUACAGGUUGUCGAGUUGGCUGGGCCAGCAAGAGGAUAUACAUCGUAUUGUCCUGUACCAAACUGACAGCUCUCUCACACCCUGGACCCAGCGCUGUAUCCGCCAGGCUGACUGCAUCAUCAUCGUUGGGCUUGGGGAGCAGGACCCAGCAGUGGGGGAGCUGGAGCAGAUGCUGGAAGGAAGUGCAGUGAGAGCUCAGAAACAGCUGGUUUUGCUGCAUCGGGAGGAUGGGCCUCCACCCACGGGAACUGUUGAGUGGCUCAACAUGCGCAGCUGGAUCUCCAGACACCUGCAUCUCUCCUGCCCACGUAGGGUCUUCUCUAAGAGGAGCCUGCCCAAACUGAGAGAGAUGUACCAGCGUGUGUUCCAAAAACCUGCAGACCGCCACUCCGAUUUCUCCCGUCUGGCACGAGUCCUGACUGGCAACGCCAUCGCUUUGGUACUGGGAGGUGGAGGAGCCAGGGGCUGCUCUCAGGUGGGUGUCUUGAGAGCGUUUCAAGAGGCUGGGAUCCCUGUAGACCUGGUGGGAGGCACCUCUAUCGGUUCCAUGAUGGGAGCUCUGUACGCCGAGGAGCGCAGCUACAGCAGGAUGAGGAUCCGAGCCAGGGAGUGGGCUAUGGAGAUGACAUCAGUUUUCAAAAAGAUUUUGGAUCUAACCUACCCCAUCACCUCCAUGUUUUCUGGGGCAUCCUUUAACUCCAGCAUCAACGGUGUCUUCAAAAAUAAGCAAAUCGAGGAUCUGUGGAUCCCUUAUUUCAACAUCACCACUGACAUCACUGCUUCUACCAUGAGAGUGCACACUGAUGGCUCUCUGUGGCGUUAUGUUCGUGCCAGCAUGUCUUUGUCUGGUUAUCUUCCUCCUCUGUGUGACCCUAAAGACGGCCACCUUUUAAUGGAUGGAGGUUAUAUCAACAACCUGCCAGCGGACGUGGCGCGGUCCAUGGGAGCUAAAGUUGUGAUAGCCAUUGAUGUGGGCAGCCAAGACGAAACCAAUCUAACCAACUAUGGAGAUGCCCUGUCUGGCUGGUGGCUGCUAUGGAAACGGCUCAACCCUCUGGCAGAGAAAGUCAAAGUGUUGAACAUGGCCGAGAUCCAGACCCGGCUAGCGUACGUGUGCUGUGUGAGACAGCUGGAAUCCGUCAAGAACAGUGAUUAUUGCGAAUAUAUCAGACCUCCCAUCGACAGAUAUCGCACUCUGGAGUUUGGGAAGUUCGAUGAGAUUGCUGAGGUGGGCUACCAGCACGGGAAGACCGUGUUUGACGUGUGGUGCAGGAGCGGAGUGGUGGAGAAGAUGCUGAAAGACAGACGCCAGGAGGAGUUCCACAACACCCACAGCAACAAUAUGGUGACUUGUCCGAACGCUUCCUUCACUGACCUGGCAGAGAUUGUGUCUCGCAUUGAACCUGUCAAACAAGCACCAAUUGGUGAGGAGUCAGAAUAUCACACUGAUUAUGAGGAGGAGCUGGUGGGAAGUGCUCUGUCUGACAUGGAGCCCACCAACUACUGCAGUGAGCACACAGAGGAGGAGCUGACUGCUGAUACGGAUGAAGAGCAGGACAAAGUUCACAAUCAUAUCAGUUCCGAUGACAUGAAUGGAGUAGGUUCUUCUCAGCCACAGCACACUACAAGCCCUCACAAUCCUCCAACUGUCAGAGCCAGAAAGGUGCAAGAAGAGUGACCGCUCAGUCAUGACCUGUGACCUGUAACAGAACCAAAAAGCAGUACUCAAGACUUGUUUUUUCUGUUCAAUGUGUGAAAAUGUCCCUACAGUAUCGAAUGUGUUAAUAAUUAUAACGGGACUUAUAUCAGAUGAGCAUGGGCAGGUUUGAUCUUGUGUUAUGAUUAUAACAAGUGCCGUGUCUGUGAAGCGAGUAACAGGAGAUUUGUGGGACCCCAUCACUGUGAAUCAUUUAUCCUUAAAGCACGAAUGAAAGGAGAGAACUUUCACUAAGACUGCUCACUCGGCACUUUGUAACCGGAUAUCGGAGCAGAAUGUUCCACCACUACAGUAUAAAUAUGCAGCAGUCAAAAGCACAGACGCCUCAGUGCUGACCUUCGUUUAAGAGUGACCACUGUCUAGUCAGACCUGUAGCUUGUCCACCGUCUAAACGCAAUGUGAAGUAUGCUGGAGAAUGACUCUAUGUACAUUCCAAAACCAAGCCUAUCAAUGCAAUGUUUUUCUACAGUUUUGUUCGACGUUUUAUGUGUUCAGCAGUGCCUUUUCUCCGUCUGCUAUUCCUUGAUCCAAGUAACCACAAUGAGAGCAUUCACCUCUGAUUCCUUCCUAUCACUGAGUCCAGACUUCUACACUAACAGACUAGUUUUUUGUUUGUAUUUGUUUGUUUCUAAUACACUGUGAUGUAACUCUAACGACUGAAGACGUGCACGGAAAAGACACUUAAUUACACCGCCUUAAUUAUGCACUCGUGGUCACUUUGACAUUUUUAAAUUGUCGCAGUAAGUCUGCGUGCGGCGUUAGUCACAACGUUUAAAAGCAUCUCUGACAUUUACUUCCAAAUGGUUCAGUCUGGAUUUCAAAUAAGGUGUCAAAAUAUCAGACACCUAAUUACUAAUAAAGUGCAAUUAACUCAUCUUUUGGUCUCUUAAUGGAAAUUGAUCCUAUAUAUAUAUAUUCCUCUAGUCUCUUCAUUCUGACCUGUAAAAAUAUCCAUAGCAGACAUUUAUAAUGCCGAUAUAUUAACAAUCAUGUGAACUCUUUAAAAAUGCACUAUUUACAGCAGGAGCGUGGAGGAUCCAUGUUUCCCGACAUAGCAUACGUCAGGAGCCGCGCGCGCACAGCGCUAAUUAUGGAGAUGAAUGUCUGAGUACUGAGGAAAGUCAGUGGGCACACGGCCUAAUGGAAACGCUAAGGUCUUCGAUCACUGUCUGUUCUCCACGUUGCUAUUUAUUUUGAUCAAAGCUGCUUAUGCAGGCUGUUGUGUUUUUUUUUUUUUGUUUUUUGUUUUUUUUUAGGUUUCCUGACCGAGAUGGAAGGCAGGGCACUUAUCUAAUAAAAUAAAUGCCUGAUAUUACAAGACGGAGAAUGUAUUCCCUAGUCAUACUGGUGUAUCAGGGGUGACACUAUCUGUGUUUGUGAGGUUAGUACUUCAAAUAUCUGUAUCUCUGUCUUCAUUCAUAACAGAAAGUUGGGUGCCUUCUCUCUGUACAAGUUUUUUUUUUUUUGCAUCAUGUGCGAUCCCAGUCCUGAUGCAUUCAAUUCACCCAGAUGUUUUGAGAAUUUUUAUGGCAAAGAAAAAAUAAAAAGCAUCUCCUGUUCA